AGACGAACGUAGAGAGGACGAACAUGGACACCACAACAUAUAGCGAUUAAUUGAAUAUUCCCGCGGUUAUAAAUAAUGUUAUGACUGUUGUUAAUGUUUGUAUACUUUCUUAGAUCUGCAAUGGGAGUACCGUCAUUAUGGCAAAUUCUACAACCUGUGACGAAGGAGGAGCAUUUAUCAGAAUUAAGUGGUUAUAAAAUCGCAAUAGACCUGAAUACCUGGAUAGUUGAAAGUAGAUUAUGUACCGCUUACAAGAAUAUUUACUUAAGAAAUGUUUUCUUACGUACCAUCGAGUUUCUGAUAAACGGCAUUGAGCCAAUUUUUGUGAUUGAUGGAAGAAUCCCAGAAUUAAAAGAUUCAACAAUAUUCAAACGCAGAAAGAUUUCCUGUAAUCAAGAAUGUCUCCCACCAAUACAAAGGGAACGGUCUCGGACAAUUACCUCUCAAAAUUGUCUUACACUUCUGAAAUAUCUUGGAGCAACUUGCUUUGCGAGUAAUGGCGAAGCUGAGGCACUCUGUGCACAAUUAAACGCAGAAAAGGUUGUUGAUGCUUGUUUCUCAUCAGAUAGUGACAUUCUCCUCUAUGGUGCCAAAAAAGUCUACCGUAACUAUUCUAAGAUAAACAAGCAAUGUCUGUUAGAAUCGAUUAGUACUGAAGAUGUCUUUAACGAGUUCGGAUUAGAGCAACGGUCAUUGAUUUGUUUGGCUUUGCUGAUUGGAUGUGACUAUGACAGCCAAGGAGUGAAAGGAAUCGGUUCAAAAUAUGCUUUGAUGUUACUGCAGGAACUAAAAUCGAAAAACAUAGAUGCUUUGGAAAGAAUUUUAUGUUGGAGAAACAAUGCUGAACUACAGACACUGGCUAAAACAAAAGAGGAAUUUAUUAAAUCUAGACAUUGCCAACAAUGCAUGCACAAAGUGCACCAUCACAGCAAAAGUAGAUGCAAAAAAUGUCGGAUGAAGAAAGUGGCCAUAAAAAAUUGUGCUUGUUUUUGCCAUGAAACCGUCCAGAAACUUAAGUUACAUGAAAUGGAACUAAAAGUCAGAGAAAAGGCACUUUUAAAUCCAGAUUUUCCUUCAGAGAAAAUUAUUGCAGAGUUCUUGGAUUUCAAACAGAUAUAUGAUGUCAAAGAAAGUAUAAUUUGGAAGGAACCUGAUAUUGACAACUUGUGCAAGUUUGUUAUUGAGAAUCUCUUUUGGGCUGCAGAAAACUUCUUCCUGAGGAUGGUCCCAUUGCUUAUUUACUGGAAGUUAAAUUCUUACCCUUACAGAUUUCUUGACGAUUUAAAACCAAAAAGAAUCCUCCAAAAAUGUAAAAGAAAUCACCAACAAGUUUACGAAAUUGAAUGGUCCAAAAUAAGUAAGUAAAAUUUUUAAAAGAUU